UUCGGUCUUUUUGAAACAGUAAUUUGGAUUUCAUCACUUUUUUUUUGCCGGGAAUUAAUCAAUUUUAUUUAUAUUUUAUUUGUUAAUUUAUUAUUAAUGGAAUAAUCAACUGUUGAGUGUUGUUGGGCAAAUUUUUCUGUAUUGAUUUGUUGGCAUACGAAAAACAGGAUUCAAAAUGAACACAUUUUUCGGCACCGUCAAAUAUCGAGCCUCGACAUUUAGGUCGAUUUUGUUAAAUGGUGCUCAUCCUUGUAGUCAAACCCCUAAGAUAUGGCCCCACUCAUAUUUUAAUGCUCGAAAUUUGACAAAUAAUCGACAAAAUAAAGGAUUUUUGGGACAAAUAUUCGAUAACCUAAAAGAAGAACUAGAUAAAAGCAAAGAAAUGAAAGAAAAUCUUAAAAAAUUCAGACAAGAAGCCCAAAAACUUGAAGAUUCCGAAGCGCUAAAACAAGCUAGAAAAAAAUUUCAAAAUAUUGAAGCCGAAACAAGCAAAGGUUCACAACAAAUUAUCGAACAAAUCGAUUCGAUAAAACAAAAAAUAAGCAAAGGUUUAGAAGAAGCGACUAAAACAGAAAUCGGUAAAAAAGGUAAAGAAGCCGCAGAAGAACUAUCAAAACAAGCGAAAAAAGCUGCGGAACAAAUUGAACAUAUUUCCAAAAGUGAUGCUUUCCAAGCUGUAUCAAAAACAGUACAAACAGUGAAAGAAGAAAUUGGCGAAACGCCAUUAUCAACGGCAAGAUUUUAUCGACCACCCGACAAACUUCGUAAGCGCAAAGAAUAUUCUGAACAGUUUGUAUCAUCACGUCCUAUACAACCAAAUGAAGAAGCAACCGGUGUCGAAUUGCAUAAAGAUUCGAAAUGGUUUUCAAGUUGGCAAAAUUUUAAAGAUAAUAAUCCAUAUGUGAACAAAAUAUUUGAAAUGAAAACAAAACUUGAUGAAAGUGAUAAUCCAUUAAUGCGUGCAUCACGUUUAGUUACCGAUAAGGUGACAGAAUUAUUUGGUGGAAUGUUCACAAAAACUGAACUAUCCGAAGUAUUGACUGAGAUUUGUAAGAUCGAUCCAAAUUUUGAUCGACAACAAUUUAUUAAAGAAUGUGAAACCGAUAUUAUACCCAAUAUAUUGGAAGCUAUGCUUCGUGGUGAUCUUGAAGUGCUCAAAGAUUGGUGUUAUGAAGGUGUAUACAAUGUAUUGGUGACGCCAAUUAAACAAGCGCAAACUAUGGGUUAUCAUUUUGAAUCAAAAGUAAUCGAUCUAACAAAUUUAGAAUUAGAAAUGGGUAAAAUGAUGGAACAGGGUCCCGUAUUGAUCAUAACAUUUCAAACACAACAGAUUAUGUGCGUAAAGGAUUCGAAAGGAAAAGUGAUUGAAGGUGAUCCGGAGAAAAUUAUUCGUGUUCAUUAUGUUUGGGUACUUUGUCGUGAUCAGAAUGAAUUGGAUCCAAAAGCAGCAUGGAGAUUGUUGGAUCUUUCGGCCAAUAGUGCCGAACAAUGGUUAUAAGAAAAAAAAAUAAAUUAGAUUCAUUAAAAAAUUUUUAUAUAAUGAUGAUGAUUCAACAAUAAUGUUCUGUAAA